ACAGCUAUAGAUGUCACCGGCACUUCCCCGUCACCUGACGGGACACGGCCCCUCCCGCGCGGUCCCUCCCCCUCGGGCCGAGGCCACGCUAGCGCUCCCCCACGGCCUGAAGCCGCCGGGGGCCGCGGACAGGCCUAGCGAGAGCUGGGGCCUGAAGGGCGUCGUGGAUUGGGGUCGUGUGGGGCCGCACGGGCAGCCGCGAGUCCCACUACUGUCUGCAGUCGGAGAGUGGUGCAGGUGAAGGAGAGCGUGAAGGUGGGUAGGCGGGGGAACCGAAAGUGUCAUGGCGGCCGUGUUUCCCUGUCACGUGGCCUCCCGGCUCCGCCUCAUUGCUUCCGGUCACGUGCCCCCCGUGUCCUCCCAGCCAGCAAUGGAGGAGGCUAGACCCCCCAGCAGCGGAGGCGGCGGCAGCGGGAGCCCGGGCACCGCCAGGCAGCGCCAGUGAAGAAAGGAGCAGAAAGAAGCUCGCCCACCGACCCUCCCUCCGGGCCCGGGCCGGGGCUCCCGCACGCACCUUCCAGCCAGCAUGGCAACUUCAUCAGAAGAAGUUUUACUGAUUGUAAAGAAGGUGCGUCAGAAGAAGCAGGAUGGGGCCUUGUACCUCAUGGCAGAAAGGAUAGCUUGGGCACCUGAAGGCAAAGACAGGUUUACAAUCAGCCAUAUGUACGCGGACAUUAAAUGCCAGAAAAUCAGUCCAGAAGGAAAAGCUAAAAUCCAGCUUCAGCUGGUCCUACAUGCAGGAGACACAACCAACUUCCAUUUUUCCAAUGAAAGCACAGCUGUAAAGGAGCGAGAUGCUGUGAAAGACCUUCUUCAGCAGUUGCUACCUAAAUUCAAGAGGAAAGCCAAUAAAGAACUGGAAGAGAAAAACAGAAUGCUGCAAGAAGAUCCUGUUUUGUUUCAGCUUUAUAAAGACCUGGUUGUGAGUCAGGUGAUCAGUGCUGAGGAAUUCUGGGCCAAUCGUUUAAGCAUGAAUACCAUGGAUAGCCCUGCGGCAUCCAAUCACAAGCAGGAUGUGGGCAUUUCUGCAGCAUUUCUGGCUGAUGUCCGCCCCCAAACAGAUGGCUGUAAUGGGCUAAGAUACAAUUUAACUUCUGAUAUCAUCGAGUCCAUAUUUAGGACCUACCCAGCAGUAAAAAUGAAAUAUGCAGAAAACGUUCCACAUAACAUGACAGAAAAAGAGUUCUGGACACGAUUUUUUCAAUCCCAUUAUUUUCAUAGGGAUCGGCUUAACACAGGGUCAAAAGAUCUCUUUGCAGAAUGUGCCAAAAUGGAUGAAAAGGGCUUAAAAACAAUGGUAUCACUAGGAGUGAAAAACCCUCUACUAGAUUUGACAGCACUGGAGGAUAAAUCAUUAGAUGAGGGCUAUGGGGUUUCCCCUGUGCCAUCUACUUCCAGCUCUUCAAAAUCCAUAAAAGAAAAUAGCAAUGCCGCAAUCAUCAAGAGAUUUAACCAUCACAGUGCUAUGGUCCUGGCAGCGGGUCUCAGGAAACAUGAAGCACAAAACGAUCACAAUAAUGAAAACAGCAGCACAGAUGGGAACUCUCGGGAUUCAGACUUCUUUCAGCCACCAGUCAAAAGGGUAAAGUUACAGGAAUCCAUUGAAUAUGAAGACUUGGGGAAAAAUAAUAGCAUAAAAACAAUUGCACUAAGCCUGAAGAAGUCAGACAGGUAUUAUCAUGGCCCAACUCCAAUUCAGUCCCUCCAAUAUGCAACAAGUCAGGAUAUUAUCAAUUCUUUUCAGAGUAUUAAGCAAGAGAUGGAAACUUAUACACCUAAACUAACUCAGGUUCUUUCAAGUGGUGCUGCAAGUAGUACCAUCACAGCCCUAUCCCCUGGAGGAGCACUUAUGCAGGGAGGACCACAGCAAGCCAUAAACCAGAUGGUGCCAAAUGACAUUCAGUCAGAACUCAAACACUUGUAUGUGGCCGUGGGGGAGCUGCUGAGGCAUUUCUGGUCCUGUUUUCCAGUUAACACACCAUUCCUAGAAGAAAAGGUAGUGAGGAUGAAGAGUAAUUUGGAACGAUUCCAAGCUACUAAGCUCUGCCCAUUCCAAGAAAAAAUUCGGAGACAGUAUUUAAGCACAAAUUUGGUAAGUCACAUAGAAGAGAUGCUGCAGACAGCCUACAAUAAACUUCACACAUGGCAGUCCCGGCGCCUGCUGAAGAAGACGUGAAGGAGCCCUGGGCGUUGGAGGCUUUGGUCCCUGGGAUGCUCUCUGCAGCAGUUGUGGGAACACACCCUGAGCAGCUCUCGCAUCCCCCAGACGACGCUGCAGGGACGUCUGCAGCCACUGGACUUGGGAGCUGACGCUAUUGAACUUGCACAUUCUGGAGUGAAAGGAGCUGUGGUUAAACUUGAAAACUGGGAGGUAAAUUAAGGCAGAACCAAAACAAGCUGAAUUGCAAAAAAAUAUAUAUAUUUUAAAAAGACACUGUUUACUGCAGUUACUCAGGAACUGCUUUUGAUUUGCAUUAAGAGCUGCUUUCAGAAAUAAAAAGUAACUUUAAAAAGGGUGAAUUGAUAAAAUCUGAAAAUUUUUUUUGUCUAACCUUUUUUUUUUUUAAAGUAUAUGGCACAGGGUAGAAAUUAAAUGUUGUUUUUUUUUUUCCUCCACUGGAUCCUCACGUUUUACUGGAUUCUGUUUGUACUUUACUGAAACAGGUUGAAAAAGGAGUAUUUUAAAUAAAGCAGAGAGAAGCUGUCGCUCUAACCAUCAGGAGACAGUUGUGGUCAGAGGCAUCUUCUGCUCUGUGUUUCCUACGGAAAUGAGAAGCAAUAGAAUUGCACUGAGCGCUUAUUUGUGGUUUGGGGUCCUGGAAUGACACAAGGGGAACAGUUUUGCAGAAAGUCUUGAAUUUUUUAUGCAAAAUUUUUUCAAGAGACAAUGGAACUGCAUGUUUUUGUUUGAGUGCACAUAUGCACUGCUAAGAUUUUUUUAAGAUGGCAUGUGCUUUGAAAGGAAACUGCCUUUUUAAGAGUUUAAAGAUCUUACAAGUGAAGAGAACUAUAAGAAUCAUUUACUUAUUUUCACCUCUUUUAAGAGAAAUAAAAAGUAUUUCUCAAGUCUGUUUUUCUCCAGUCUCUACCUGACUGUUAAACUAUUUUUGGCGAAUCGAUAAUCAUUGCAUAGAGUGGAAAGCGUGUGAAUGCAAAAAAAAAAAGUUAGAUAUGAUAUUGUAUCUGGAAUCUGUGCCAUAUUUUGUUCCUAAUAGGAUCAACUCACUGUUUAUCUAAGACUUAGCUGUCUUGUAUUAAAAAUUAUACAAAAAAAGUAAACCCGUUUUAUACAUACUGUUUAACUGAUA